GCAAGCAUGGCGGCUGCGGAGUCCGGGAAGGAGGCAGAAGGAUCGGGAUCGGAAGGAGAAGCCGCGGAGCAGGAGCCGCUGGAAGAAGGCGAAGAGCGGCGAGAAGAGGAGGAGGAGGAGGAGCCGGAGGAGCCUGGCGGCGGCAAGAAGCGGGUGGUGCCGGGGAUCGUGUACCUGGGCCACCUCCCGCCGCGCUUCCGGCCUCUGCACGUUCGGAACCUCCUUAGCGCCUAUGGCGAGGUGGGGCGCGUCUUUUUCCAGCCCGAGGAUGGGUUCGUGAGGCGCAAGAAGAAGGCAGCAGCGGCCGCGGGGGGAAAGAAGCGGUCCAAGUACAGCAAGGACUACACCGAGGGCUGGGUGGAGUUCCGGGACAAGCGAGUAGCCAAGCGCGUGGCUGCCAGUCUACACAACACGCCCAUGGGUGCCCGAAAGCGCAGCCCCUUCCGUUAUGACCUGUGGAACCUCAAGUACCUGCACCGUUUCACCUGGUCCCAUCUCAGUGAGCAUCUGGCCUUUGAACGGCAAGUGAGGCGGCAGCGCCUGAGGGCCGAGGUGGCCCAGGCCAAGCGCGAAACUGACUUCUACUUGCGGAGUGUGGAACGGGGAAAACGCUUCCUCGCAAACGACGGGGACGCCACCCGCCCGAAUAGCUCUUGGGACUUUGCCCAGCGCCCUACAGAGCAGGAGCUCAGGGCCCGCAAGACAGCAAGACCUGGGGGUCGCGAAAGAGCCCGUCUGGCCAACGUCCAGGAACAGGCCCGCUCAAACCGAGGGCUCCUGGCCAGGAUCUUUGGAGCCUCGCAACCUGCAGAGAACCAACAGAAGUCCCCAGCCACGGACUCCUGAGGGCCAGCGAGGCUCCCUUCUGCUUCCUAAUCCAAUCUGCUUCCAGUCUGCCUGAUGAUGACUAUCCAGGCCAACCAUGGUUUGGUUUUGGUUCUGCUGAGGUGUUCAGGGAUCAACCCUGAUUGUGCCCCUGGCCAGUGUCAGUCACACGAGAAGCAAGUGCCUUACAGUGAUCCUCUCUCUCUUUGGCACCCCACCCAUACCCACUCUCAUCUCUCUAGCUCCCCCUGAACUCGCUCUCCAUACCCGCAGGCAUCUCUCUGUGGCCCCAGACUGAUAUUCUUUGUGCUGUGGUGAAUAUGAGAUCCAGAUCUGGGCGUUUUUUGGGGGUGAGGGCGGUA